AUGGAAACAACAAAUAUGAACAGUAGACUAUCUACUGUAACACUCGAUCUCGAUCGAAUAAAUGAUUUUCGAAAAAGUCAAACAAGUUUGUUAAGUGCAACAAGUGAUGACGCAAGUGGUCAAAUUCAUGAACGACUAUUAAUGAGACAAAAUACAUGUCACGUGAACGAUAUCAACAAUUAUUAUUAUUCAAAGAAAAUGCCAUUGGAGGGAAGCUAUGCAAUAUGGAAUAAUCGUGGGGGUUCUGGUAAAACCAAUUUAACAUAUCAUUUGGCUAUUAAAUAUGCAUAUAGACAUCCAGAUAAAACAGUUCUUGUUGUUGAUAUGUGUCCACAAGCUGAUUUAAGCCAUGCUUUUCUUGGCGAUGAUGAAGAAGGUCAUGAUUAUGUUUCACAAAUUGGUUCACUUAAAAAGAAUCCUAUGAUACUUGAUGGUCAACAAUUUAUCCCACGUACAAUAUCUGGUUAUCUUGAUUUAUAUACAUCAGUUGGUUUACCAAAUAAUGUUGAUCCACGUACAUUUUUAUUUAAUGUAUCAAAAUUUAACAAUCAAUUACCUCGUAAUGUUUAUCUUUUAUGUGGUGAUACAUCUCUUGAAUUAUUAGGUAAAGCAAUGGAUUUAAAACGAAGUUCAAAUACAAUAACUCCAUAUACAAAUGCAUGGCGUACAAUAACACAAAGUUUACGUGUAUUUAUACAUAAAAUAGGUGAACGACGUGGAAUUAAAUUAAUGACAUUUAUUGAUACAAAUUCAUCAUUUAAUAUAUCAACUGAAAUAGCAUUAACAGCUGCUGAUAAAAUUAUUUUACCUGUUAGUGAAGAUCAUUUACAUCGAAAUGGUUUUGAAUAUUUAUUUAGUCUUCUCUAUGGAUUUUCUCAACCGUCCAGUAUAUAUUCUUAUUAUCGUCACUAUAGUUUUUAUUAUCGUGCCGAUGAAAAUGGCGUUAAAUUACCUAAAAUACAUUUAAUUUUAUGUACAGCAUCAUCAAUUAAUAAAGAAACAAAAUUAGGUAUAAAUAAUAAUUCAUUACCAAAACCUGAAGAAAUUAAUAAUUGUUGGCAUUUUGUUUAUGAUAUAUAUACAAAACAUCGUGAUGCAUUUGAAAUUCAUUCAAAUCAAAAACUAUCACCACGUUUAUCAUCAUCAUCAACAUCAUCUAAUGAUCAACAUUUUACAAGUUCAUUUAAUAAUCAUACAAAUAAUCUUAUACAAAUUGAAACAUUUGAAGAAUUUAUGAGUCAAUAUGUUAUGCAUAUUAAUAAUGAAUCCAAUAUUGUAUCACGUAUUGCUGUUAAAUCGCAUUCACCUUUAUUAGCUGUUAAACACCCUCAUCAUUCACAUGAAUAUCAAUCAACUGCACAAACUUUUGACAAAACAUUAAAUGAUAUUGUCGAACGUAUUUAA